AUUAUUACGACGGCGACGACGACGACGACGAAGAAGUCUGAACAUUGAACACACCAACACACACACACACACAUUGAAAAUUGCCGUACAUUCUAAAUCCGAACGCCCAUCUAAAAACAUCAAAUUUUUCAAUAUGAUUCAAAUAAAUGAAUGAACAAUGAGAAUUGAGAAAUUUGAAUCAACAAGUUUGAGCUAAUUCUCACAUCAUAUUCAAUUUAAUUUUUGACAAUGUCCAUCUAAAUAAAAACACAUCAUCAUCACCGCUAUCCACAAAUCAAUAAUCAUUGCCUUCAUCAUCUCCGAUUGUCUAUUUGUGUAAACAUAUACACGCACUUACACAUAUGAACACAUGCCAGAAGCAAAGUCAGACGAAAAAUUGCUUUCAAUCGGCAAACUUCGCCACUGAAAAUUGAUUCGAUCUUUUUUUUGUAUAUAUCAUAUACAUUGACCAUUUUUGAUCACCACGUGUUUAUAUUUGAAAUUUUCGUGUUGGUAUUUUUUGUGUUUAAUAUGUCCGAAUCUGGUAAUGGAAAAUCGCCACAACAACAAGUGGCACUUAAAAAACAACUUGGAUUAAUCAAUGGAGUGGCCAUUAUUGUUGGUAUUAUUGUUGGCAGUGGAAUAUUUGUUUCUCCACGAGGUGUAUUACAGGAAGCCGGUUCUGUUGGAUUUUCAUUAGUCGUAUGGGUUCUUUGUGGUCUAUUAUCAACUAUUGGUGCCGUAUGUUAUGCUGAAUUAGGCACUUCAAUACCGAAAUCCGGUGGUGAUUAUGCAUACAUUCGUGAAGCAUUCGGGCCGUUACCUUCAUUUUUAUUCCUUUGGGUGGCAUUGCUUAUUAUCAAUCCUUGUAGUAAUGCCAUUGCUGCAAUGACAUUUGCCAAUUAUAUCCUUCAGUCUAUUUACCCGGUUUGUGCACCACCACCAAAUGCGGUAAGAUUAAUCGCUGCCUCAGUUAUAAUUUUGCUUACAUUUGUCAAUUGUUACAAUGUCAAGUGGGCAACCCGAGUACAAAAUUCAUUCACAUUUGCCAAAGUUUUAGCCUUGAUCAUUAUAAUAGUUUGCGGUAUUAUUCAAUUGGUCAAAGGCAAUGAUAGAAAUUUAGCUUAUCCUGCUUCAUUUGAAGGAACAACUACUUCACCUGGUCAUAUUGCCUUAUCUUUCUAUUCUGGUUUAUUUUCAUAUGCCGGAUGGAAUUAUCUGAAUUUUGUUACGGAAGAACUAAAAAGUCCAUUCAAGAAUUUACCACGAGCCAUUUAUAUAUCACUGCCAUUGGUUACAAUCAUCUAUCUAUUGGCGAAUAUCUCAUAUUUCACCGUAUUAACUCCACAUGAAUUGCUUACUUCCAAUGCUGUUGCCGUAACAUUCGGUGAUCGUGUUUUAGGAUCAUUUUCAUGGAUCAUGCCAUUUUCGGUAGCAAUGUCAACAUUCGGUGGCCUAAAUGGUGGAAUAUUUGCAUCUUCAAGGCUAUUCUUUGUCGGAGCUCGUUAUGGUCAUUUACCAAAAAGUUUGGCCAUGAUCAAUCUAAAAUAUUAUACACCGAUUCCUAGUCUAAUAUUUUUGGGUUUCUUAUCGUUAUUAUAUUUGACGACAACCCAGGUCUAUACUCUAAUCAAUUAUACAGCAUUUAUUGAAUCAUUAGCCGUAGCCGCAUCGGUUGGUGCACUAUUAUGGCUUCGUUGGAAACGACCACAUAUGGAACGUCCAAUUAAAGUUAACAUUUUGUUACCCAUUUUAUUUUUUAUCACAUGUCUUUUCCUUGUUGUUCUUCCAUUCUAUGUGAGUCCAUAUGAAACUGGUAUCGGUGCACUUAUCACAUUAAGUGGCAUUCCAAUUUAUCUUGUUACUAUUGCUUGGAAAAAUAAACCUAAAAUGUAUCAACGACUUGUCGAUUCUUUUACCAUGUACAUUCAAAAAUUGUUCCACUGUGCACAAGAAGACUAGAAUUGUUUGAAUGGUUUCACUUCGAAAAGCAGCAUUUUUGUCAAUUUUUUUUUUCACUGGAUAUCAAUAUACUAUAUGCUUUUUAUAUUCUAUCUUUUUAAUAUUCGAUUCCAUUUAAAAAACAUUUUUUUUUUAGAAAUCGAUGAUUGUUUUUUUUAUAUAUUUAAUUAAAUGAUUUAUUUUUCAAA